GGACUCGAUAGGAGGACAGCUGGACAGAUAUGUUUAGAUAGUUCACGGCAGAGCAGAGCAGCUGAUUCGUGGUUGAUCACAGAACAGUCUCGUAGGCGGGCACAAAGCACUCGGAGCAGCAGAGAAGAGGCAAAGAUGGAAUUCGAGAAGAUCAAGGUGGCCAAUCCGAUUGUUGAAAUGGAUGGAGACGAGAUGACUCGCGUUAUCUGGAAAUUCAUUAAAGACAAGCUUAUUUUACCUUACCUGGAGUUGGAUAUCAAAUACUUUGAUCUCGGACUCCCUAACCGCGAUUCUACUGAUGAUAAGGUUACUACACAGAGUGCUGAAGCUACUCUAAAGUAUAACGUGGCAAUCAAGUGUGCGACGAUUACUCCUGAUGAAACUCGUGUUAGGGAGUUUGGUUUGAAAAAAAUGUGGAGGAGUCCUAACGGAACUAUAAGGAACAUUUUAAACGGCACGGUCUUCAGGGAACCUAUAAUUUGCAGAAAUAUCCCUCGCAUUGUACCAGGAUGGACUAAACCAAUCUGUAUUGGAAGGCAUGCUUUUGGAGAUCAGUAUAGAGCUACUGAUAUCAUUGUUAAUGAACCAGGAAAACUGAAACUGAUUUUCGAGCCAAGUGGAUCUUCACGUAAGACCGAAUUUGAAGUCUUCAAUUUCACUGGUGCUGGAGGUGUUGCUUUGGCCAUGUAUAACACCGAUGAGUCUAUCCGUUCAUUUGCUGAGUCAUCGAUGUACACAGCUUACCAGAAAAAAUGGCCGCUGUACCUCUCCACAAAAAACACCAUCCUCAAAACAUAUGACGGAAGAUUCAAGGAUAUAUUCCAAGAAGUUUAUGAAACUAACUGGAGAUCUAAGUUUGAAGCUGCUGGGAUAUGGUAUGAGCAUCGUCUGAUAGAUGAUAUGGUUGCUUAUGCCAUGAAAAGUGAGGGGGGUUACGUUUGGGCAUGCAAGAACUACGAUGGAGAUGUGCAGAGCGAUUUCUUAGCCCAAGGAUAUGGAUCUCUGGGACUGAUGACGUCGGUGUUGGUUUGUCCUGAUGGAAAGACCAUUGAAGCAGAGGCAGCUCAUGGCACAGUAACACGCCACUACAGAGUUCACCAAAAAGGUGGUGAAACAAGCACCAACAGCAUAGCCUCUAUUUUUGCUUGGUCCAGAGGCCUUGCCCACAGGGCAAAGCUGGACAGCAAUGCGUCGUUGUUGAACUUUACUGAGAAACUAGAAGCGGCUUGUAUGGGGACGGUGGAGUCUGGAAAAAUGACCAAGGAUCUCGCGCUGUUGAUCCACGGAUCCAAGGUUAAGAGGGAUGAUUAUGUGAAUACAGAAGAGUUCAUUGAUGCUGUGGCAUGGGAGUUAAGGAAAAGACUGUUAGGCAGCUCCAGGUUGUGAGGAGAAGAUUUGAAAAGCAAAAAACCUUUGCAGUUUCCAUCGAGUAACAUUCAUCAUAAUGUGUAGAAAAUAAAGGCAAAUGUGUUGUGUGUUUGGGCGUAAAAAGGAUGGGUUAUAAUAAUUAACCGCCGAACUCAAAGCUCCUCUCGUCCUCUGUUGUAAUGGCUGCUACUAUUUAUUUACUUUUCAUUAGCUUGAACCUAUC